GGAAAGAAGGUCGUCCAUUGUUGUUUACCUUCCCUUCUGUGGCCGCCGCCGGGGUGAUUAUUUAAUUAUUUAUUUAUUUAACGGCCACAGAGGGAGGAAAGUAAGUCAGUAAAGCCAAAAGAAACUACAAUAAGCCUCAGAGAUCCACGGGGGAAGCAGAAGACGUCCAUAGAGUGAGGAAAUAAGGAGGAGGAGGAGGAGGAAAAGAAGAGGGCGUGUGUGUGUGUGACCCCUUCUGGACGUCAACUCGUGUGUGGCUUCUGCUUCCUCCUGCUGCGUCGAGGCCUCAGCAGACAGCAGGUGAUCAGCAGAACCAAGCAGCAUGUCGGACGUGGAGGCGAGCCAGGCUGUGGGUGGGGAGGAGGAGCUGCUGCAGAGACACCGGCGGGAGAAGAAGGAGCUGCAAGCCAAGAUCCAGCAGCUGAAGAAGACGGUGAACAAGGACAAGAAGAAGAAGAAGGAGGUGCUGGAGGAGAUCGAGCAGAUGGAGAAGGAGAUGAAGGAGAGGCAUGUGAGGGAAGUGGACGAGCUCAAGCAGAAAGAGGAUAAGGAGGUAACGGAGGAGGAGGAGGAGGUGGCAGGAGGUGUGGGGAGGGUGUCGCUGGAGGCUAAGGAGGAGGAGGAGGAGGGGGGGAAUGAAGCACCUCCACCACCAUCACCACCAGCACACCAGGAGGAACUAGGCGGCGAGAAGAAGCGGAGCAAGGCGGAGAAGCGACGGCAGCGGAAAGCGGAGGCCAACCGGGAGAGGGAGGCGCGGAUCAGGGUGGAGGAAGCCAACAACAAGUACAGUGCUCGCAGCGUGGAGGCGGAGAAGCUGAAGGAGCUGCUGAGGGACCGGCAGCUCAAGAUGCACGAGAUUGAGCCCGACGGAAACUGCAUGUACGCCGCCAUCGCCCACCAGGCCGGGCAGGACACGACCGUCUCCUCGCUGCGUGCCCAGGCGGAGCAGUUCAUCCGCACCAACUACGCCGAUUUCGCCCCCUUCAUCACCGACCCCAAGACAGGAGAGAUGCUGACCCCAGACCAGUUCUCCGAGUACUGCGACCUCAUCAUCAAGACGCCUGCUUGGGGGGGGCAGCCGGAGCUGCGCGCGUUGUCCCAGGUGCUGAAGAGGAGGAUAGAGGUGCUACAGGCUGAAGGCACCCCCAUCGUAUUCGGCGAGGACUGGACGCAGCAUGAGACCAUCCACCUUGCCUACUACCGCCACUACUACGGGCUCGGCGAACACUACAACUCGGUGACCCCUCUGAACUCUGUGGAGGCCUGAGGGGAUGGGGGCAGCAGGGGUGACAGGGGGAAGGGAAGGAGGUGGUAUGGGAAGGAGGGUCGGAAGGGAUGGUAAGGGUCAAGGGUGAGGAAGAGAACAGGGAGGUGCUGGUAUAAGCUUGGCAGGUCAUUUAAUACUCUUGAAAUCUAAUGGAAGGGGGGUGAUGAGUAAGGGAAGGAGGGUCGGAAGGGAUGGUCAGAGUCAGGAAGAGAACAGGGAGGUGCUGGUGUAAGCUUGGCAGGUUCUUAAUACUUUUGAAAUCUAAUGGAAGUCGACAGCUAUUAAGGUCACUACACAAUUUCAUGAAGGAUUGUUAUUGUAUGCUAUUGCAUGUUUAAGUUCUCUCCAUAGAUGUUGUUGCCAUGCCUACUUGUUCCCUGUGUGUGUGUGUGUGUGUCUCGAAAUGUGUGGGAAUAUGUCCGGUCAUUGUUACUUCUUAUGUCAGUAGUUUAAGAGUAAAUCUACAGAAGAAA